UUCCCGGGCUGCCAGCUCUUCCUCUGCCUCCGAAACCUUCUUCUGCAUCUGUUAAUUGCAGGUGCCGCCGUCUCGAGCCUUAAACACUGCCUGCAGAACCGCGCAGCCAUGGUUCUCGCCAGUGUGGGCAAGAUGGUUGGACUGCAGAAAAAGACGGCGAACAUCAGGAACAUCUGUAUCCUGGCCCACGUGGAUCAUGGUAAAACAACUCUAGCUGAUUGCCUGAUAUCUAGCAAUGGAAUUAUUUCUAGCCGCUUGGCAGGAAAGCUGAGAUAUCUAGACAGUAGAGCAGAUGAGCAGAUCCGAGGAAUUACUAUGAAAUCUAGUGCUAUUUCACUGCAUUUUGAGAAAGGUGAUCAGCAGUAUCUGAUUAAUCUAAUAGACUCCCCCGGUCAUGUGGAUUUCUCUUCAGAAGUAUCUACUGCUGUCCGACUCUGUGAUGGCUGUAUCAUAGUGGUGGAUGCUGUUGAAGGAGUCUGUCCACAGACUCAAGCAGUUCUGCGACAAGCAUGGCUAGAAAAUAUCCGUCCAGUCUUGGUGAUUAAUAAAAUUGAUCGCUUGAUAGUGGAAUUGAAAUUCAGUCCCCAGGAAGCAUAUUCUCACCUUAAGAAUAUAUUGGAACAGGUUAAUGCUGUCACUGGAGCACUAUUUACUUCUAAAGUUUUGGAAGAAAGAGCUGAAAAAGAAACAGAAACUCAAAUCAUUUCAGAUUCUGUACCUGGAGACCAAGUUUAUGACUGGAGCGCUGGCUUAGAAGACACUGAUGAUUCACAUCUUUACUUCUCGCCAGACCAGGGGAAUGUGGUUUUUGCCAGUGCAAUAGAUGGCUGGGGUUUUGGCAUUGAACCUUUUGCGAAACUGUAUAGUCAAAAGAUUGGAAUCAAGCCUGCAGUACUUUUGAAGACCUUAUGGGGAGAUUAUUAUCUUAAUACAAAGGCAAAGAAGAUAAUGAAAGGUGACCAGUCAAAAGGAAAAAAACCUCUGUUUGUGCAAUUAGUUCUGGACAAUAUAUGGAGUCUAUAUGAAGCUGUUAUGAAAAGAGACAAAGAUAAAAUUGAUAAAAUAGUCACCUCCUUGGAACUGAAAAUUGGAGCCCGUGAAGCACGUCAUUCAGAUCCUAGAGUUCACCUCAAUGCUAUUUGCAGUCAGUGGCUACCCAUAUCUGAGGCUGUCCUCUCUAUGGUGUGUAAUAAACUUCCUAGUCCUCUUGAUAUUACUGCUGAGAGAGUGGAAAAAUUGAUGUGUGUUGGAGCUAGAACAUUUGAUUCCUUACCACCAGAAACGCAAGAUCUGAAAAAUGCAUUUAUGAAGUGCAGCAGUGAAAGGACAGCCCCGGUCAUUGUCUUUGUUUCCAAAAUGUUUGCAGUUGAUUCUAAGGCACUACCACACAACAAACCAAGGCCUUUAACACAGGAAGAAAUUGCUCAAAGGCGGGAGCUUGCAAGACAAAGGCAUGCAGAAAAAUUGGCAGCUAUUCAAAGCCAAGAGCUACCAGAAAAGGCCCUUUGUGGAAAUGCACCUGAAACAACUGGGAAGACGGGUGAGACAAAAGGUGAUGAGCAGCAGCUCACCAGUCAAAUAGAGGUUAUGACCCUCAAAACUGUGAAACAGGAAGCAGACAACAAGGAGUCUUUCAUUGCCUUUGCUAGAGUGUUCAGUGGUGUGGUGCGAAAAGGGCAAAAGAUCUUUGUACUGGGACCAAAAUAUGAUCCUUCUGAAUCUUUGCACAAGUUACCAUUGGGGUGUUCUGCUGCAGAUGAUCUACCAUCAGUACCUUACAUGGCCUGUUGCAUAUUAGAAAACCUCUAUUUGCUGAUGGGAAGAGAACUGGAGGAUCUAGAAGAAGUGCCUUCAGGCAAUGUUCUAGGAAUAGGAGGCUUGCAUGAAUUUGUGCUGAAGUCAGCAACAUUAUCUACAUCGCCAGCUUGCCCUCCAUUUACACCUCUCAAUUUUGAAGCUACACCAAUUGUCCGUGUUGCUAUUGAACCAAAACACCCAAGUGAGAUGCCUCAGUUGGUCAGAGGAAUGAAGCUUUUAAACCAAGCUGAUCCUUGUGUUCAAGUUUUAAUCCAGGAGACAGGAGAGCAUGUGCUAGUGACAGCAGGAGAAGUCCAUCUUCAGCGCUGCUUGGAUGACCUGAAAGAAAGGUUUGCAGCAAUUCAAAUUAGUGUGUCAGAACCAAUUAUCCCAUUUAGGGAGACUAUAACAAGACCUCCAAAAGUUGACAUGGUGAAUGAAGAAAUAGGAAAGCAGCAGAAAGUUGCAGUGAUACACCAAACUAAAGAAGACCAAAAUAAAAUCCCUGAAGGAGUUCAGGUGGAUUCUGAUGGACUCAUAACAAUUUCUACACCAAAUAAAUAUGCAACUCUCAGUGUAAGAGCCAUGCCACUUCCAGAAGAGGCAACUCGGCUCCUUGAAGAAAAUAGUGACUUAAUUCGUACUAUGGACCAGUUCAAUGCAUCUUUGAAUGAGGAUAAAAAAACCCAUGAGAUAAAUCAAAAGACCCUUGACAGGAUACAAGAAUUUAAACAAAAAAUGGAGCAAAAUCUUCAAGGAAGAAAGUGGAGAAAUGCUGUUGAUCAGAUUUGGUCAUUUGGUCCACGAAAGUGUGGGCCUAAUAUUUUGUUGCACAGGUUUGAAGGCUACAAAAAAUCUGUAUGGCAGUGUCUUGAUAAGACUACUAAGGAGGUUAGUAAAUAUCGAGAUUUUGACAACAGCAUAGUAAGUGGGUUUCAGUUGGCUACACUUUCAGGUCCUAUGUGUGAAGAACCUCUCAUGGGUGUCUGUUUUAUAGUGGAAAAAUGGGACAUCAGUAAAGUUGAAGAGAUAAUGUCAACUAAAAGGCAACAGUCAGAGGAGCGUGAUGCUACAGAAUGGAAACAGGAUGAAGAUGAAGCCACCUGUCUUUCAAGAAGUCAUAUCACUGAAUGCUCCAGUGAAGAUAAAGAAUUUGAAGAUAGUAGUCAAGGUAGUCCAAAAUCAUCUGAGAAAGCAAGUAAACGCAAAGGGGAAGCUUUGCUUGCAGAUUGCUAUGGACCUUUCUCUGGACAACUGAUUGCCACCAUGAAAGAGGCUUGCCGUUAUGCAUUGCAAGCAAAACCACAGAGACUUAUGGCCGCCAUGUAUACAUGUGAAAUCAUGGCCACUGCAGAAGUACUGGGUCGUGUAUAUGCUGUCUUGUCCAAAAGAGAAGGCAGAGUGUUACAAGAAGAGAUGAAAGAGGGGACGGAUGUGUUUAUUAUUAAGGCGGUGCUGCCAGUAGCAGAAAGCUUUGGUUUUGCUGAUGAAAUCAGGAAGAGAACGAGUGGCCUGGCGAGUCCACAGCUGGUCUUCAGCCAUUGGGAGAUCAUUCCAAGUGAUCCGUUCUGGGUUCCAACCACGGAGGAGGAAUAUUUGCACUUUGGGGAGAAGGCAGAUUCUGAGAACCAGGCCCGCAAGUACAUGAAUGCAGUGAGAAAGCGGAAGGGACUUUAUGUAGAUGAGAAAAUUGUGGAGCAUGCUGAGAAGCAAAGAACUCUCAGUAGAAAUAAGUAACUGCCUCUGCUUUCGGUCCUACAAUAACCCAGCAAAGUGUGGGUGGAUGAUUUUCUAUAGAGCAGAUUAUAAAUGUCACCUUGGACUUGCCCUUUUACACAAGUAUUCUUACAUGCUGUAAUUUGUCUGUGGCUUCAGUUUUAAUAAACUUGAGCCUUUCCAACCUUUUA